AUGGAUCGCCACUCCAGCUACAUCUUCGUCUGGCUGCAGCUGGAGCUGUGCGCCAUGGCCGUGCUGCUCACGCGAGGUGAAAUCAGAUGCUACUGCGACGCCGCCCACUGCGUGGCCACGGGCUACAUGUGCAAGUCGGAGGUGGGCGCCUGCUUCUCGCGSCUGCUGGCGCCGCAGAACCCGCACUCGCCGCUGGCGCACGGCUGCGUGGAGGCGGCGGGCGGCGCGGAGCCCUGCGGGGCGCCCCGCAACCGCUCGGGCAGCACCGGCGCCGCUGCUGCGCUGCACUGCUGCCACGAGGACAUGUGCAAUUACCGGCGCCUGCACGAGGUCCUGGCGCCCGCCAAGGGCGAGGCUGCAGGACAAGGGAGCAGAUAUCAACAUGACAACAGCAGGAAUCUCAUCGCCAAGGUGCAGGAACUGACCUCUUCAAAAGAAUUGUGGUUCAGGGCAGCUGUAAUAGCUGUUCCUAUAGCUGGUGGGCUCAUCUUGGUGCUCCUUAUCAUGCUGGCCUUGCGGAUGCUCAGGAGUGAAAAUAAGAGACUGCAGGAUCAACGGCAGCAAAUGCUCUCCCGUUUGCACUACAGUUUUCAUGGACAUCAUUCAAAAAAAGGGCAGGUGGCAAAACUGGACCUGGAAUGCAUGGUGCCCGUCACCGGUCACGAGAACUGCUGCAUGACCUGUGAUAAAAUGAGACAUUCGGACCUCAGCAAUGACAAAAUUCUUUCUCUAGUCCACUGGGGAAUGUACAGCGGACACGGGAAGCUGGAAUUUGUAUGACCAAUUAUUUUUUAAUCUGGGCUAAACAUAACUCUCUGAACUCUUGAAGGCCUUUGGGUUCUGCUGGACAGGAGCACUUUAUCUGAAAAACAAACUCUCAUAAAUCAUCUUCGAGAAACAAAGGACCUCAGCAAACAGAAUCUUGGAUAUUUCUUCUGAAGGAUUCCAAAAGUUGUCUUUUUUGCACAGAGUAAAAUACACUCAAAUGUAUUGUUUGCUUUAAAGUUAUGAAAGCAAAAAUUAGAAGUUGUAAACACUGUCACCAGGGUUAUCUGAACUGUAGGGAGCUGAGAAUUGACUUAUUAUAAUAAACUGUAUGCAAGCUCCUAUGUUUCC